AUGAGUCUAAGGAUGAAGCAAAGCAACGGCCCGGCGAGUUACUUAUCUUCUGGUGGCUUCAGCAGCAGGUCCAUGGGAUCCUGCUCAGUACCCAGAAAAAUCCCCACAACUAAUUAUGGAGCCCCCAUUACGGCUGUAACCAUCAACAAGAGCCUUCUCACUCCAAUGAAGAUAGACAUUGACCCCAAUGUCCAAGUUGUUCGCACCCAGGAGAAAGAACAGAUCAAGACCCUCAACAACCGUUUUGUCUCAUUUAUUGAUAAGGUGCAACGCCUGGAACAGGAAAACAAAAUGCUGGAAACCAAGUUGAAACUGCUGCAAGGCCAGGCUGUUCCUUCCUCCAACACUGAGCCCAUGCUGAAGGCUUACAUUGCAAGCCUACAAAGGCAGCUGGAAGAUACUCACAACUACAAACACACACUUCAGGCAGAGAGCACUGGCAUGUUCCAGAAAGUGGAUGAGUACAAAGCAAAGUACGAGGAAGAGAUUAACAAAAGGACUGAUGCAGAGAAUGAGUUUGUCGUACUCAAAAAGGAUUUGGAUGCAGGAUAUAUGAACAAUGUGGAUCUAGACAGCAGGGUGUCUUCUAUCAGGGAUGAAGUAUGCUUCUUAAAGGAGUUGUAUGAUACGGAGGUGCAGGAGCUACAGCAGAGCAUGAAGGACACCUGUGUGGUGGUGCAGAUGGAUAACUCCCGUGGCCUGGACAUGGACCAGAUUGUGUCUGAUGUUAGAGCUCAGUAUGAGGACAUUGCUGCCCGCAGCCGUGAAGAGGCUGAGGCCUGGCACAAGACCAAGUUAAACCAGAUUUCUGCUGAGGCAACCCAGUAUGACGGUGAGCUGCGUAACACCAAGGCAGAAAUAGCUGAGUUCAAGCGAAUGAUCACCCGCCUCCAGAGGGAGAUUGAGGCUGCAAAGGCACAGGUGAGUUUAAGAAUGAUUCAAGCAUGA